AGGUGGGCCUGCCACACGGGACCCCUGGGGCGCCUUCGCAAGCCUCCCCUCGGCUGAUUGGCAGGCGACGAGGGCUGAGGGGGUGCCGAGGGAGAAGGGAGACGGCGUCGGGUGCGCGCGGCCACGCCGGAGCUCCGGAGGGAGAGUCUUCCAGGGCUCCGAGGGAUGUGGGUUGAGGCCCCGUGAGCCCGGCUCGGGGACGAGAAUGGAGCACGUUUGGGCUUCCCUGGAGGAGGCUUUGACCCAGCUGGUGCCCCAUGCCGACGCCAGCGAAGCCCUCAAAGACCUGAAUGUGGUAGCAAUGCUCCAUCGCUUCUGGGAGCAGAAGCAGACAAAAGGGGCCACAAGGCAGGCGGACAGCCUGGUGGUGUACGAGUCGGCCCCUUCCCCAGGUCCACCGUUCAUCUGUUACGUCACCCUGCCCGGAGGGAGCUGCUUUGGAAAUUUCCAGUGCUGUCAUACCCAGGCAGAAGCCAGGAGGGAUGCAGCCCGCGUUGCCCUCAUGAACUCCCUCUUCAACGAGUUACCCUCCCGUCGGAUCACCCCGGAGUUCAUCUCGAGGAGCCUGGAGGAAGCCACGGCAGGAGCCAGCGGUGCACUGGGGGAGGCCUCAGACCCAAGCACAAGUAUAGGAGCCUACUACCUAAUGUUGCAGUUAAACAUUGGCAAAACUAUGCUUGAGUUCCAGGAGAUAAUGACCGUGUUCCAACUCCUGCACUGGAACGGGACUCUGAAGGCCUUCAGGGAGAGAAGAUGCUCCCGUCAGGAGGUGAUUUCUCACUUCUCCCAAAGAGGGCUGGACGAGCGCACGCGCAGUCACAUGGUGUUGGACUGGCUGCAGCGGGAGCGUAGGAGCCCGGGGCUGCUCUCCAGCGAGCUGAACUUAGCCCUGGGGGAGCUGGCCUCGGCCCGCCGCACAGGCAGGGAACUGCGCUUCUACAAGGAGAAGACGGAGAUCCUGAGCCUUGCACUGGACCAGGCCUACGGGACCCUGAGCCCCCUUGUGAGCGAGGCCUGCUGGCUUAACACAGGCCACAGCCCUGCUGACACCCAGGAUCAAGAGCAAAGCACGGCAGAUGAUCAGCAUCCUGAGGAAGAUCUCAGAGAUGCACCAUGAGGAUAAACACAAAAAACACACCAAUCCAGUCAGCCCAGACCAAACAUUUCAGAGGGCCUGGAACAAGGUGAAUGUGGGAAGGUGGUUAUUCCUCCAAAGACACCCUUUCUGUGAAAAUACCAUCCUGUCAAGGCUGAGAGUCUUAUCCACAUGUCUCAGCGCCUUCAGUUGCCCUGUUACAUGAACCCCCAGUUGUGGAUUUGUUGGUCACAUUGAAUCUAUCCAUCCAGUUCCGUUUCCUCUGAGAUCUGCACAGCAGGUUCCUACAGUGACC